GUAGAAUGCUCACCACAGCACUAACCAGAGGAAGUUGUCUGCUCAAGAUCGUUGUGAGACUUCUGAUCAUUGCAUCUGAUGGAACAGUUUGUGACAGAGGCUUUGGAUCUGUAGGUGGGGCCCACGCUGUAUGUCAGACUCUCGUGUUUUGUUUGAAGCCCAUGUCCUAAAGGGACUGGAGUGAAGAUGAAGGAUCAAGAAAUGGUUUUGAAACCCUGAGAUUCUACCUCACACCAGUCAGAAUGGUUACAAUCAAAAACUCAGGUGGCAGAAGAUGCUGGUGAGGAUGUGGAGAAAGAGGAACACUCCUCCAUUGCUGGCAGAAUUGCAAGUUGAAUUGUUUAUUGGACGAAAAUUUAUAGAUAAUAAAUGUGCACAAACUGGUAGAAGGUGCCUGGAAACAACUCUUCCCACAAGACUCUACUUGAUAUUGAUGGGAAUCUGGGGAAACUCCAGACUCCAGUAAGUUCGGACAAUUCUUGGAGUUUCUGUCAAGUAUUCUAAAUAAAUUAGUUGCUAACAGUUGUUAUAAUCCUGGUAUCAAAAUAGAUUUUAGUUUGGGUAAGUAGUAGAAUGAUGAAGCUAUCAAUAUCCAAUCAUAAAAUGUUAUAUUUCAUACUUUUAUCAGAGACAAAAAUAUUUCACAAGUAUUGAUGCUUCUCAACACGAGAUGGACAAACCUUGCUGUCAGACCCACAGGAUACAAAGAAAGGAGAAAAGCGUACAUGACAUAUACAGUAUAUAAAGGAAUCAAGAGGAGGAAAGAAUGAUCAUCAAAAUGUGAAGAAAAACAUAUUGGAUUUGGACUUUAAAGACUUGCCAAGAUUGGGAUAAAUAGUGAAGAGACAGUGAACUGAAAGCUUCGCACACACACAAAAAAUAUGUUUGAGCGCAAUGAACAGAGCACUUUGUCUGGAAAGGAGCAUUAUUAGAUAAUGGUCCAGUGCAUUUGUACCGGUGACAAGCACCUCUUCUAAAAGGCCCUGGACAUAUAGAUCAGAGUUUUGACUGUGAAAUGGCAACCCCAUCACUUGAUGCCCUGUCUUUCUGUUGGAGGUUGUUUAUAUAGUGGAUUGCAUUGAUGGAUGUCCAUAUGUUGAACCAUUCCUGCAUCCCUGCAAUGAAGCCUACUUGAUCAUGGUGGAUGAUCAUUUUGACGUGUUCUUGGAUUCAGUUGGCAAGAAUUUUGUUGAGUAUUUUUGCAUAGAUAUUUAUAAGUGAAAUUGGUCUAAAGUUUCCUUUCUUUGUUGAGUCUUUGUGUGGUUUAGGUAUCAGAGUAAUUGUGGCCUCAUAAAAGGAGUUGGAUAGAAGCCACAUCAGAACUCUGCCUCCCGCCAGUCAGUUACGAGGGCUCCAUAUUGGUUCUCGGUCGCCAGAGAAAUCAGACUGAGGUAGGACUCCAGCAGAAGGUGUGGCUCUGAAUAAAGGUGCGUGUUGCCAUGCCUGGAUCUGGGACUUGCUUUGUACCAGAUGACCUUGAACUCAGAGAUCUCCUGGUAUUAAUCCGGGCUUCAUAGACAUUAUGCUUCAAGAUCUCCAAGUCAAGAUCCAGGUCAGAAACUUGCAUCUCCCAUCUUCCAGAUUAGGAUUACAGGGGCAAAAAAUGUUAUAUAAAACCAGUGAAGUCCCUGCUGAAUCAGUACUGAAGGAGACCGUAUCUAAGCUCAUUUUCAUCUUGGGUCUCAACCUCCUACUGAAUGCUCAACUGGGCUCUGCCUACCAGCUGAUGUGUUACUUCAACAACUGGCCUCAAUAUCAGCCAGAUAUUGGAGGUAUGAAGCUUGAUGACUUUGACCCUUGCCUGUGUACUCACCUAAUCUAUUCUUUCACUGGGAUUUGGGAAAACAACAUCACCAUGACCAAAAGGAAAGAUUUGGAUGACUACAAAGAUUUUAAUGACUUAAAAAAUAGAAACAACAAGCUGAAAACACUCCUGUCUAUUGGCUGCUGGAACUUUGGAACUGGGUCUUUUAUAACCAUGGUAUCUACCCCCAAGAGCCGCCAUUCUUUCAUUACUUCAGUUAUAAAGUUCCUGCGAAAGUAUGGAUUUGAUGGGCUUAAUUUGGCUUGGCAGUACCCUGGCUGUUAUGGAAGCCCUCCUAGGGACAGACAUCUCUUUACCAUCCUGAUUCAGGAAAUACGUAAAGCUUUUGAAAACGAGGUGAGCAAGAACAAAAAGCCCAGGCUGACUAUCACUGCUGCAGUUGCUGGUGUUACCUCCACAAUUCAACUUGGCUAUGAGAUCCCCCAAUUGUCACAGUACUUGGACUAUAUUCAAGUUAUGACCUAUGACCUCCAUGGAUCUUGGGAUGGUUACACUGGAGAAAACAGUCCUCUCUAUAAAUCUCCAAUUGAAGCUGGAGUCAAGGCCUUUCACAACAUAAAAUACAUUAUGGAGAACUGGAAGAACAAAGGGGCAUCACCUGAGAAGCUCAUUGUUGGAUUCCCAGCAUAUGGACACACCUUCAUCCUGAGUGACGCCACUAAAACAGGAAUUGGUGCCCCUAGCAAUCGUGGUGGCCAUCCAGGACCCUACACUAAGAAAACUGGAUUUUGGGCCUAUUAUGAGGAGCACUGUGAUUGCAGUUGCAUACUGCUAUGCUGUGUUUCACACAAGAUCUUAGGUCUCCAUGCUUGCCUGGUAAGCAUUUCACUCAUUGAACAAUCUUUCCAGCUCAUGUAUUUCACUGUAUUUGAACUUUGCAUCAUAAUGUUAUAUCCACAUGAGCUCUGGCUCCAGACCCCAAUAUCACAGAAAUAAAAAUGGGCUCAUAGUAUAUAGUAAUAUAUUAUGAACAUAUUUAGCAGGCAUGGUUCCUUAUACCCAUUAACUCUGUAUUCAAGAGACAGAGGCAGGAGUAUCAGAAUUUUGAAGUGAGUCUAUAUAGACAGAGAUCUUCUCUCAAACAAAAAAAGGACUGGGGAUGUAACUUAUUGGUAAAGUCCUUAUUUAUCAAUGGCUAGGCCUUGUGGGGGAUCUCCAGUAUAUAAAAUAAAACAAUCCAAAUCUUCCUAACUAAUUUGUAGGAUUAAUUUCCUAGAAAUCUAAUCAAUUACAGAUUUCAGCUAAACCACGUGGAAUCAACAAAAGGAGGGAAAUACGUACAUUAUUUUUCUUAAAUGGAAUUAGUAUUUAAAGGAUCUGAAAU